AUACGUGCAGUCGUGUCAGUGGGUCCAGUCGGACAGCAUGGCUUCGGAGGAGGACGGCACUCUGCUGUAUUUAAUCUUCCAGCACCUGAAGGUGAAUGGCUACCACAAAGCUGCCAAAGUGCUGGAGAAACACGUCGCUCAGGUGGAGACACCAGAGGAGAGCUCCAGCCUACAUGAUAUCUACACUGGCUGGAUGAAGCUGUGCUCUCUAGCUCAGCAUGCCAAGCAGGAGACAGAAGACUCCACUUCUUUAAAGAAGAGCAGCAUCAAACCAGAACCUGCCACCAGCGAAGAGGAAGAGGGUGCAGACACCAAACUUACUACUGACGAAAAUAAUGUGGAUGCCAAACCGCCACCUGAGUCCACAACAGAUGGUGUUGAGUCGUCUAAUGCAGAUCUCCCCUGUGAGGAGAGAGACGCUGACACAGUCACUGAGCAGCUGCUGCAUCCUGCAGGUGAAACCAAAACAACAAACUCAGAUGGUGAGAAAAAAGAAGAAAAAACGGAGGAGGAGGAAACAAAACCAAAGCAAGAGUCAGCUCCUGUUGAAGCAUCUGCUGAGGCAUCUAACAAGGCAGAAAGCUCCAGCUCCAACUCCUCAGACUCUGAAGAGGAGGUUGAACCCAGCCCGGUCGAGCCCAGACAAGCUGCCUCUGAUCAGGCUGAGGAUCAGCUAAGGGCCUCUGACCCUGCCGUGACCUCCAGUUUAGACAGCGAGAGCAGCAAGGACCAUAAAGAGGAUGACGAUGAGCUGAAGCAGACGCCCAGCACGACCGAACCCGCCACAUCAGACCUGACAGCUCUGGAGACCAAUGACCAGCCAGCAGAGAGCGAAGCCCCGCCUCCUGCAGACCCUGAUUCUGAAAAUCCUGAAGAGGAAGAGGUGAAAAACGAGGAGGAGAAAUCUAAGAUGACAGAUGGCAGUGACGUCACUUCCCCGCUGAAGCCUGAAGACCAGACGGCAACGUCAGCAACUCCAGAGGACCCCAUCACGGACACUGAAAAGGCAGAAGAGCCAGCGGACUCCAUCAGCCUCAACAUCCAAGUCGAAGAAAGCGACGCAACUGAGCAAGAAACCAGCCAACUGCUCCCCGAGGAGGCUGCAGAGUCCUGCAAAGAUGACAAAACACCCAAGAAGAAGAAAAAGAAGAGCAAAAAAGAGACACCAGCAAAAGGAGAGACACCAACUACAGAUACACCGAGCACGGACUCCUCCACUGUAGACACAUCCAGCGACCCUGCUCUCUCCACCAAAUCUGCUAAAAAGAGAAAGAGGGACAAAAAGAGAGUGGAAGAGGUGGCAGAGGAAGAGGAGGUUCAGAAAAUAGAGGAGGAGAAGCAGGAGACAGAAACUCCUCUACGCUUUCCUCAGCCAAAAAGAAAAAUCGUCCCAGAAGGAAACUCAGCCUAA